GCGCUCUCACACUGCAAUAAAUUUUGCAUCCCUUUAUCCCUGAGAUAAAUCAAUCAAAAGAAGAUCAAAAAAACCUAAAUGUUCGCAAUAAAAGGAAAGGCAGACAUACUAGAAAGCUUGCAAAAGGGAACGGGGUCGCUAAGUCUAUAAAAUGCGCUAUUAGAAAGAAAAGAGAUGCCAUUUUAAAAUGUGUAAAUAACAAAUACUAUGGACCGGGAAAAAGACAAAAUUUGAAAAUUUAGCAGAGCUUCCAUCUAUGGAAAAGAGUAUUUAUUUGUGGUUCAUUCGUAUGCGUGAAAGAAAUUUGCCCGUAAGCGGUUUGAUGCUGAAAGGAAAGGCUAAGGAAUUCCGGGUUCAAUGCUAGUGACGGAUAGUUCCAGCGCUUUAAAGCAAAAUGUGGAGUUAAACUUCUAAAAGUAUCCGGAGAAAAACUCUAAUCGCAGCAUCAAUUAGUAGAUCCAUUUAAAAACUUAAACAAAAAAUUUGGGAAAUUGAGGCAAUGGAGUUAUGCAAUUAUUCAAUAUAUAAUGCUGAUAAGUUUGGAUUAUUCUGGAAGCUUUUGCUAGAUAAAACUUACGAAUUAAACUCUUGUUCAUUGUGGAAAAAUAUUAAAUUUAAUGAGAAAUAAGGAAGACCCUGAAGAUAAUAUUCCAUUAAGUAUCCUAAAAACGAAAUGGGAUGCCGAAAUAAACUCUUUAAUGCAAGCAUUAGUUAUUCUCCUUCAGGAUUUGAGUCUUCAGAAGGAAUUUUCACUACCAAUGGUUGAAAAGUGGAAUGAUGGUCCUUGUCUUGAUGACUCCAUCGUAGGGACAAUGAUGAUUCCAUUCCCGGUGAGCAAGUAGAGAAAAUUGCGGCAAAAUACGCAAUUGAAAUUUUUAACAAGGCAUUACAAUGGGCUGGAAAUGCAAUGGUGGAUCAAAGUGAAAUGAACGUACUUAGACGCUUAAGGGAAAAAGCAGUUCUUAAGCUCUUAGAAAAAAAAAGGAAGGGAGGAAAAAAGAAAUAUAUUAUAUAUGGUAACCGAAUUUUUCAAUACAUAACAUUUAUGGGCAAUUUGCACAAUACUUUAAUUUAAAUUUCGAUUUUUUUUUCGUGAAAUUUGAAAUAAAUUUCAUAUAAAGCUUUUCACUUUCAAGCGUACAAAAAUAAUGAACAUUUUCGCUAACGUAAACUCGUAAAUUCAAAAUUCAUUAAUCGACGAAAUCGUGAAUUGAUUGCAAUCAUAAUUAGUAUCUUAUUAACUUAUAUUAUAGCACUUAUUCAUAUUUAGCGCUAAAUCGAAUUACAAUUAUUUUAAAUAAAACAUAUCAACUUAAUUUUAUUAAAAUAUCACACAAAUUGACCGACAUAAACGGUCUAAAGUGUAUUGGAGCAAGAGGAAGGCCUGGACUCACUUAUAAUUCGACACUGGCUCCUAUGAGAUCUUUCUGUAUCAUGUAAUAGUGAAAUUUAAUGCUUCUAAGUUUAGUUAGAAAGUUUUUACACUUUUAGUAGUUUUCAACAUAGUCGUUAUAUUAGGAGAUUGUGGGGUUAUCAUCCGAUUUCAUAUAUUUUCACAAUGUCGGAAAAGGUACCGUAAAGAUUUGUCCUGAGUAAAUUUGGUUUAUAGACAUACAUACAUACUAGCUUUUAGCAGGGAAGGGACACGUCCACUUUAAAAAAGCUUUCAAACCACAGAUGUCCCUCUCCUACAAGUUGCUUUACCUAAUUAGAGUUUUUUUAUCUUAAUUUGCGACUUAGUUAUGGUGUUUUAUAGGUUUUCGAUUAACGGCAUUUUGUGAGCUGGGUAGUGGUCCGAUUCCACCCAUCUGCUAUACCAAGUUUCUUUAAUAUACAAGAUACAGCUUUCACGGUGGGUGGAUAUAUAUGUACUUAUAAUUAUAUACCUACAUAUAUCAAUUAGUUUUAGUUAUUAACAACCGUUAGGUAAACAAAACUAUUAUACUCUAUAGCAAGAUGUUCCGAGAGUAAGCAAGUUUAUGAAAAAUUGUAAAGUAAAGUAUUGUUGCAGAGACCAAAAAAUAGCUUUAUGAGUGUUAUCCAGGUUCUGAAGCAAUCGAAGCAACUCUUCGUAAGUGGUUUGUUGAAUUUCAUGGGCGCACAAAGGAUGAUAUUGCGAACAAAAACUAAUAAUAAAAUUCUAAAUUCGGGUGCAGUCAAAAACCAAAAUGGCUCAAAUGCAAUAUGAAGUAAAGGUCAACCAGAAGUGUGGUAUAGAGGGCUAGACCAAGGUACUAGAGCAAUUUACUACACUAAACUAUAUUACCUUCAAGAAAACAUACUCUUACUCAAAUAUUAUUGAUUUUUCAUACAUUUUUGAGUUAAAAUAUCGAAUAACACUUUGGUAAUCACAAUUAUUUCAGCGAAAGUGACACACUUAAUAAUAAUUCAGAUGAUUAAACUCACUUUGUUUCAGAUGAAGAGACACAACUUCGCAGAAUACGGCAGUAAAUUUACGAUUUAUUUCAUCAAUAGCGACACAACUACAAAUAUUACUCUUUAGUUGAAACAAGGCAAGGUAGAUAAGUGUAGUUGAGUUAUGCCUCUUUUGUAGUUAGUGUGCGAUAAAUUUAUAUUCAAAGUAUAAUAGUACAUAAGUAUAUGUUAUGUAUGUACAUGCAAGUAAAUGAGCGUUCGCAAGACUAGGUGGGCAGGUUAUCAGUUGUCUUGAAGAUUUCUCAGCAUCUACUUUCAUUCACUAAGAAAGCUGUGCCAAUCCCGCAGACAGUUCCUAAGCAACAUUCAUAAUGAAAGGACUAUUGGAAUAUUUGCCGCACAGCAUCAUCGUAAUCUUCACAUUAUUGAUAACUGUGCAAAAUAAAACACUGAAAACUGAGGGUGAGUCAUGCGAGUGUAAGUUUGAACCAUGCAUUUGUAAAUACUUUGGUGAUUGCGAAGUGCUGUACCAGCGGGCUGAUAUAGAUUACUGUGAUAGAAAGCAUGGCAUUGUUUGUUGUCCCCAAGAGCCCGACAUCCCAAUUAUUACCCCGGCAAAAUUGGCCUCAGAGUUUGCCUGUCAAAAAUACGCGGAUAUGAUACCUAAUAAUUGUACCAAAAAAUUUAUAACCGGUGGUGAAUUUGCUAAGGCAAAGGAAUUUCCACCAGCUGCCUUGAUAGGUUUCUUAAAUUCUAGGACUAAAGAACAAACUUGGUUCUGUGGCGGUACACUGAUUAGUGAACGUUUCGUUUUGACAGCGAGUCAUUGUGCGAAAGCAAAGGCAUUAAAUAGAGUACGACUUGGCGAUUUGGACUUCAGUUCUAACAAGGAUGAUGAGGGUGUUCAGGAGUUUUCAGUAAGCCGGCUGAUUUCGCACCCUGAAUACGACACUUCAGACUACAACGAUAUAAUGUUGUUGGAAUUAAAUGGCACAGUUACUUUCACCGAGUAUGUUCAACCCGCUUGCAUACUCACACCAAGUCGGACGGUAUACAACAAAGGAGAAUUUUGGGCCGUUGGUUGGGGUGCAGUUGCAAAUUCGACUGAUAUGUCUUCACGACUGCGUCGCGUCCAAUUGACAGAAUUCGUAAAUUGUGGACCGAUUGUGAGCACAGCGUAUAGUUUGAUUCGCGGUCUGAAAGAUCGCACACAAUUUUGUGCCCACGGAGCAAUCAAAGACACUUGCAAAGGGGACUCCGGUGGACCCUUACUGAUAACAUUUCCCUCCCAGGAGGAAAAAUACAAAUGUUUAUAUAUGGUCGCCGGUAUAAUAUCGAAAGGUCAAAUCGAUUGUGGUAAGCAGGAUUCACCAAGCCUUAACACAAAUGUUACAGCUUUUGUAAGGUUCAUCGAACUUCAUGUGUGGCCAAGCAAAAAAUAAAAAAGUGCGUGUGGCACUCGGGGACUGCCGCGAUAAAACUA